CGCAAUUUGCAGGUUCGUGCUUUAUAAGCCAUUGUCUCAUUCCUUUCUUUCUAAAACCCUCCAAUUUCACUCUUUCAAUUGUUGGGCUAUUAUACUAUGAAGCUAUCCACAGUCCUUCUCGCAUCUCACCUCCUCUGGAGCGCGAGCGCUUUUCUUGCUUACAAGGAGUACGUCGUGAAACAAUGGGUUGAAGACGGUGGGCCCGAGGCUUGUGGCAAGGUGAUGUUGACAGACAUCGACUGCGAUGCCAGCCUUGACGAUGCAGGGAGCACCGGUUGGCAAGGCUCAAUCGAAGAGGGCGAUGAUUUCACCAUCACUGAUAGUAUCUGCGCCAAAAAGUGCGGCGACUCCCUCCAAGAAUGGGCCGCAGCCUUUGCUAAAUACUGCGAACCGGAGGGGAUGCGUGCGCCGAAUAUGGUGGAGGGUCGGAGACAGAUUUGCGACAAAGAUGCCAAAACAGGAAAAUACUGCAAUGCUAUCAUCGAUUCGUUCCCCGAUUUGGACGAUUAUGAAGAACUUCCUGCCAAGUACCUCUGCGAGCCUUGUUAUGUCCGACGUCUCUGGGGAUUCGAUAUAAGCCAUUACAGUCCUGCCAACAGUUGGAUCAUAACCCAGCGUGAGCGCAUGGACGAGCUAUGUCCCAAGUCGGUUCUAGUUGAGAAAAAGGCGUCAACUAUCUUACAGCAUCCUGCUACGACGGUGCAGCCAUGGUUAGAUUCCUCGCAAACUCCGAGUCAUGUCAACAGUGAAGCUGAGGCUACUUCAACCCCGGAGAGUGCCGCGACCGCGUCAUCAACAACCACUGCAGUACCUUCUGCAACUGCGCCAUCAGAGAGUAACGCGGCUGAGAGGCUUGGAGACGGUCGACUGAGAGGUCAUUGGUCGCUGUUGCUUGUUUUGGGGAUAAAUGGCUUUUAUCUCUGAACUCUACUCUCUCUAAUAGCCCCCUUUUAGGGCAGGAUAUACCUAGAUAGUAUCGCCUUCUAUUUAUAGAUUUAGCCUCUUUACUCUUACCUUGUCCGAUUAUUUAUACUUGUUAGAUAUAGCAUAUUAUGCAUAUAUGAUGUGGAAGCCCUACUGGAUCCUGGGAACAGAUUUCGGCUGUCG